AUGAAACAAUCAUCCUCGGAAUCUUCGGUUUCUAUUACCACACCAACAUCUGUCGUCAAGGUGGCUGCUGCUCCUGCCAUCCAAGUUGAUCCUGUAGCUCAUUCCAUUUCUCCGGCACCUGUAGCUUCGUAUAUUUUAUUCGCUUUGAUUGCUGCUGCCUGUGCGGCUCCCGGUGGAUUAUAUGGCGGUCUUGGUGGAUAUUAUGGUGGUGGUAUUAGUUAUGCUGCUGCUCCCGCAGUCUCAUAUGCGGCAGCUGCUCCUGCUGUCAGUUAUAAAGCUGUAGCGGCAGCACCGGCCAUAAGUUACGCUGCCGCUCCGGCAGUAAGUUAUGCUGCAGCAGCGCCAGCUGUUAGCAUCAGAACUGUGGCAGCAGCUCCGGCAGUUAGCUAUGCCGCAGCGGCUCCAGCAAUUAGUUAUGCUGCUCCGGCUCCAGUAGCAGUUGCUGCUCCAGCACCAGUUGCUGUAGCUGCAGCGCCAGCUAUUCAAGUAGCUGCCGCACCGGCAAUUGCUGCUGCCCCUGCCAUACAAGUUGCCGCUGCUCCAGCUGUUCAAGUGGCUGCCGCCCCUGCCGUUCAAGUGGCUGCUGCCCCUGCCGUUAAAGUUGCCGCCGCUCCAGCUGUACAAAUCGUUAAGGCUGUCAUUCCUGCUUCGACCACAACAACCACAUUCAGUACAUACAUCAAUCAUCCUCAGACCCUACGUGUUGCUGUUGCCGCACCAGCCCCCGUCGUUAAAGUUGCCGCUGCUCCUGCCGUCCAAGUCGCCGCCGCUCCUGCUGUACAAGUUGCCGCUGCCCCAGCAGUUCAAGUUGCUGCUGCACCCGCCAUUGCUGCUGCGCCGGCUAUACAAGUUGCUGCCGCUCCUGCUAUUGCUGCUGCACCGGCAAUUUCAUAUGCUGCCGCUGCCCCCGCCAUAUCCUAUGCACCAUCGAUAUCUUAUGCUGCUCCUGCCGUUUCCUAUAGAGCUGUAGCUGCUGCUCCUGCCAUAAGUUAUGCCGCUGCUGCGCCAGCUGUCUCUAUCAAAUCUAUUGCCGCCGCUCCGGCCAUAAGUUAUGCUGCUGCCGCUCCAGCGGUUUCCUUUAAAUCCAUUGCUGCUGCUCCAGCCAUUUCAUUGGGUUAUGGCGGUUACGGUGGUUAUGGCUAUGGGCAUCAUUAA